ACACCAAUACUUAUUGACAGUUCCGGAUCGACACUUUUUAAUCCUAAAACUGGACUUCAGAGACGUUUUUUGGGUUUAAUGGUGUGGUAAAUCGGAUUUUACACUUCUUUUCAGAUUUUAAGGAGUUUCUACAGUCGACCUGAGCCCUGUACUAAAGAAAAAUGUCAAGUGUUUUCCGGAGAGCCUGGUCCUCUGCUGAAAAGCUGGAUGGAAAAACUGUGCUGAUCACUGGCGCCAACACUGGCAUCGGGAAAGAAACUGCCAAAGACCUGGCAAAGAGAGGGGCAAAGAUCAUCAUUGCAUGCAGGGACAUGGAGAAAGCACAGGAGGCCUUGAAAGAAGUCAUCGAAACCUCAGGCAACGACAACGUCAAGUGCAUGAAACUGGACUUGUCUGACACCAAGUCCAUAAGAGAAUUUGCUGAAGCCUUCAACAGAGAUGAGCCAAAACUCAACAUCCUCAUCAACAAUGCCGGCGUGAUGGUUUGUCCUUAUGGGAAAACUGCAGACGGCUUUGAGACACAGAUUGGCGUCAAUCAUUUUGGUCAUUUCUUGCUGACACACUUGUUGCUUGACUUGAUUAAAAGAUCGGCACCAGCCAGGAUCAUCACCGUGUCCUCCAUGGCUCACAGUUGGGGCUCCAUCAAUCUGGAGGACAUCAACAGCGAGAAGAGUUACGACAAGAGCAAAGCUUACUCCCAGAGCAAGCUGGCCAACGUCCUCUUCUCCCACUCGCUGGCUAAAAGACUAGAGGGCACAGGUGUGACAACUUACUCUCUCCAUCCUGGCGUUGUUAAGACCGAUUUGGGGCGUCAUCUGAAUGGCCCUCUGCAGUUCUUCAUGAAGAUAUCCUCGCCUUUGCUCAAAACCCCUGUCCAGGGAGCUCAGACGUCAAUCUACUGCGCCGUGGAACCGUCACUGGAGAAUGAGACUGGUCAAUACUACAGUGACUGUGCUCGUACCAGCUGCUCCUCUGCUGGUAAAGAUGACAACCUGGCCCAGAAGCUGUGGGAGCUGAGCUGCCGUAUGCUCAACAUAACAUGGGCCUAAACCAACCUGGAGGGAAAAGAAAACCUUUACAGUUCCUCUGCUAACUGAUGCACUGAUGUCAAAUUUCACUUCUACUGCCUUCCAGAAAGUCAUAUGUUUUUCCAACAAAUUUUUUAUCUAUGUAUGUUUUACAUAAUAACAGUAACUAAUCAAUGUAACUGUAUAUUUUGUACAAAGUUUCUGAUCUUAACGUAUGCAAUUUACUGUAAGCUUACAUAGUUUUCUAUUAAUUUAGGUAAAAGCUAUGCAAAGUGUAUUGUAAGGAAAUAAAUGGAAUAAUUUUGAAUCCA